CCUAAGCAGGUGAGGAAAAAAAAUACUUUUUACCAUUUUCCACUAACUUUAACUUUUUUUUAUAGUUCUUAAAAGGUGUGUUCUUGUUUGUUCUAUUCAUCUAAAUUAUAUUUUGUGUUCUUGUUGUCAUAGGACAAAAGUGUGGACUUUACAAAGGCAUCACAUUGUAUUAAAUUAUCAAAAAACAACAAUGUGGGUGUUUGAGAAGAUCAGGGAGAGCAUUCCCCUAGAGCUGAGUCGUUAUCUGGGGAAGAGUGAGGAGGAUAUCUUUCGGUCUUCUCAGGCCAGUCUCUCUCACCAUCUGCACAACAACAUUCUCACCCCAGAUAAGAUCCCAGAGUUCUGCCUGCCCCCCAGGCUUCGCAAGAGCAGCUCGCUGCUGGAAGCUGAGACGGUGUCUCCUUACCGGCACCGGCAGCACCAGAUGCCCAAGAGCAGCACUUCCUCAAACACUACAUAUGUAAAGACAAAGGACAUGAAGACGAAGAAUGGGGGUGCAUCAAUGGCUUGGAAAGCUACAAAAAAACCUUUGCCAUUCUCUGCAGAGGGGUAUGGCCUGGCUGGGAUAUAUGAGAGUCCCAACACUCGAAGGAAAGAGUCUCUGUUCCACUCAAAGUGCCCUGUUUACAUGUUUGAUAGAAGCCUUCCUACUGCAGCACCCAGACUAGCAGAGGCGACAAACCUCCCCAAGAAAACUUUAUCUGUUUUUUUCCCUCUGUUUUCAUCCAAGAGCCUUUCAGAGAUAGGAAGCACAGGAAGUGAAAUACCUUCUUCGAGUGACUUCUCUACCCUUAGUUCCCCUUAUAGUAUGUUCGGCAUUGCCAGGACAUACUUCAGCAUGAGCAUGUUCUUUCUUUGCAGGGUCGGGGUAAGGUUCAUCUCUUCGCUGAGCACAGCACAUUCUCCACUAGCACGUGUCCAUCCACACACCACAGUCAGAGUCCUUGUGGUGUCUGUGGAAGGUCUAUGGGAUGAUAGUGACCGACGUACCCUGAACUGUGCAGUACAUCUGUGUCUGACCCCAGGGAAGCUUCAGCAACAGGAGAGCGCCACCAUCAGGAACUGUCGCAGCCCUGUGUUUAAUGAAAAUUUCUUCUUUACAGAGCUCACGAGGGAGGAUCUGCUGAAACUGCAGCUCUGGUUAAAAGUGAUGUACAAACCUACAACUGGAAUAUUGGGGAGAGGGACAGUGAUUGGAGCGACCACCAAACCACUGUCUCAGUUACUGUCUCUUAAAAAAUGGGCUAAGGAAUAACUCAUUGUGUCUAGUCUAAUGGGAAGAUAGCACAUGAUAUGU